AUGAUCAUGUCUAAUUUCCUCCUUUUUAACCGAGGAUGCCGAAAGAUUGAAAGCCUGUUCAAUGAACUACCCCCCCCAGAAUGCACCUUUAGUCGGGUGACGUCAUAUUUCGGCGACGUACGCGACUACCGGAAUUAUCAGCAAUACCAGGACUACAUAUCCCGUCAGCCCCUGCAAGCUGCUUUGCGUCACUUCCGGUCGACGCACGCCACCUGCCGGAAGCAGGAAGAGUGCACACACCGGAAUAAAAUGGAAUUAAUCAACGCCCUAUAUAAGGAUUUGAACUGA